GGUAGCCUAGUGGUUAGAGUGUUGGACUAGUAACUGAAAGGUUGCAAGUUCAAACCCCCGAGCUGACAAGGUACAAAUCUGUCGUUCUGCCCCUGAACAGGCAGUUAACCCACUGUUCCUAGGCCGUCAUUGAAAAUAAGAAUUUGUUCUUAACUGACUUGCCUAGUAAAAUAAAGUAAAAAAUAAAAAAAUUCUUGAGGUUUAGACAAAUCUAACCGCUCCGGCGGCUGUAUGCUAAAUGUAACACCGGACCUGUAUCUGCGUGUAUCUGUGCCCCUCCUGCUACACCUUGCACGGGUGGCUCCUGGUGGCUGCUGCACUUCUCCCGUGAUGUCUUCCAUGCUGAUUAGCAUCCUUGAUUUUCUUCCCCAAACUUUUCAACCCGGUACUGUAAGCUAAACUCUGUUAGCAAAUACACUCAUUCUAGUCCACUUCUGAUACCAUGUCAUGUAAUCAAACUUGUCUGUACGUGAGUAAAAUAACUACUAACGGUGUGUCUUUACGAUGGCACAUUUAUUGCUAACUUGACAUUGCUUCACAUUACAAGCCCCAUGAGAGAGAGAUGCUUUCCUCUUGGACCCCUACAUUCCCACAGGCCAUCUUUAGCAUAUGGCCAAUCAGGAUGCAAUAUGCAAGUAACACUACAGACCGUGGCAGAUGUUUUACAUUUUUUGUGAAUAUGUGAACAUAUUUGUAUAUUGUUUCUUGUUCUAGAUCAACCAACCUGCGGUUCGCCUAAUACAGUGCAUUUGGAAAGUAUUCAGACCCCUUGACUUUUUCCACAUUUUAAUGUUACAGUCUUAUUCUAAAAUGGAUUAAAUACAUGUUUUUCCUCAUCAAUCUACACACAAUACCCCGUAAUGACAAAGCGAAAAGAUGUUUAAGAAUUUUUUUGCAAAUGUAAAAAAAAUGUAAUACUUUAUUUACAUACGUUUUAAUACCCUUUGCUAUGAGAUUUUAAAUUGAGCUCCGGUGCAUCCUGUUUCCAUUGAUCAUCCUUGAUGUUUCUACAACUUGAUUGGAGUCCACCUGUGGUAAAUUAAAUUGCUUAGACAUGAUUUGGAAAGGCACCACCUGUCUAUAUAAGGUCUGACAGUUAUCAGUGCAUGUCAGAGCAAAAACCAAGACAUGAGGUCAAAAGAAUUGUCCUUAGAGCUCUGAGAGAGUAUUGCGUUGAGGCACAAAUCUGGGGAAGGGUACCAAAAAAUGUCUGCAACAUUGAAAGUCUCCAAGAACACGGUGGCCUCCGUCAUUCUUAAAUGGAAGAAGUUUAGAAGCACCAAGACUCUUCCUAGAGCUGGCAGCCCGGCCAAACUGAGCAAUCAGGGGAGAAGGGCAUUGGUCAGGGAGGUGACCAAGAAUCCGAUGGUCACUCUGACAGAGCUCCAGAGUUCCUUUGAGGACAUGGGAGAACCUUACAGAAAGACAACCAUCUCUGCAGCACUCCUCCAAUCAGGCCUUUAUGGUAGAGUGGCCAGACGGAAGCCCCUCCUCAGUAAAAGGCACAUCACAGCCCGCUUGGAGUUUACAAAUAGGCACCCAAAGACUCUCAGAACAUGAGAAACAAGAUUGUCUGAUCUGAUGAAACGAAGAUUCAACUCUUUGACCUGAAUGCCAAGCGUCAUGUCUGGAGGAAACCUGGCACCAUUCCUUCGGUGAAGCAUGGUGGUGGCAGCAUCAUGCUUAAGGGAUGUUUUUCAGUGCAGGGACUGGGAGACUAGUCAGAAUCGAGUGAAAGAUGAACGGAGCAAAGUACAGAGAGAUCCUUGAUGUGCUCUGCUCAUGAGUGCUCAGGACUUCAAACUGGGGGUGAAGGUUCACCUUCCAACAGGACAACGUCCCUAAGCACACAGCCAAGACAACGCAGGAGUGGCUUCAGGUCAAGUCUCUGAACCUGACAGAGCAUGAGAGGAUCUACUGAGAAGAAUGAGAGAAUCUCCCCAAAUACAGGUGUGCCAAGCUUGUAGCGUCAUACCCAUGAAGAUUUGACGCUGUAAUCUCUGUGUUUCAACAAAGUACUGAGUAAAGGGUCUGAAUACUUAUGUAAAUAUGAUAUUUCAGUUGUUUAUUUGUACCUAGGGUAGAAACCUGGUGGGGAGGAUGGACAGGAGACAGAUCUGGAUCCACUGGGCAUUGAGGAUGAGGUCCUGGAGCCCUAACCCCAGUUCUGACAGAAAAUCCGGUGAAUGGCUUUGAAGCAGUUACAAUGUCUAUUAUCAAGACUGUAAGGUGUAAUUUAAAAGGCAGGGAGGAAGGUCAAAGUAACCAGAUAGAGUUGCACUGGAAGGACAGCAAUUCCUUGUGCAUGUCCGGACUCUCACAUAAGUCAAGUCUCAACUAUCAGCACUCAAGUGCUUCCUCCCAGUCUCAAAGCAACUCAAAGGUCAACCCCAGACGCUCAAGUGUGUCAUCUGUCAAGAGACAAGAGGCUGCGGCGGAAGUUGCUGCUAACCAGCUAGAAGUAAUGGUUAAGCAAGAACGCCAACUAGAAGAGCUUCAGAGACUUGAAGAUGAAGAUAAGAAGAGGGCAGCGGAGCAAGAAGCUGAGGCUGUGAAACGCAGCUUAGAAGAAGCUAGGCUGCGAGUCAAGUUAGAGGUAGAAAAUGCUGCCAGACGAAGGACGCUAGAAGACAAGCGUAGAGAGUUAGAGCGCCUAGAAGUGCUCAAGAAACUAAAUGCUGCCAAGGCGCGAAUGCAAGUGUAUGAGCAAGAUGAAAACUCAGAGGACGAGAAGAGAGAACUACUCUCUAACUGCAAAUCUGUGAAAGAAGUCAUGCACAGACGUGGCUCAUUUCACAGUCUCUCACCACAACAUGUUGUGACAAGCACACAGCAAGAAGAUGGCACCAAGACCAUGUUCAGGUUACUAGCGGAAUCAAUCAGUGAAAGCCGCCUCCCCAUACCAGAACAAGUAACAUUCAAUGGAGAACCACUCUCGUUCACUGACUGGAAGGUCUCUUCUCAGACUCUGAUAGACAGGAAGAACAUACCAGCAACUGAGAAGAUAUAUUACUUGAGAAAAUAUAUUGGUGGGCCUGCCAAGAAAGCCAUCGAAAGUUACUUUAUGUUAGGAACAGAGUCAGCCUACUAUGCUGCAUGGACCAUUCUUGAAGAAAGGUACGGAAACAAAUUCCUCAUCGCCAAGUCCUUCAGAGAUAAGCUCAAUGCAUGGCCUAAGAUAGGAUCCAAGGACAGUCUUGAACUUAGAGACCUUGUAGACUUUCUUCGCAGCUGUGAGGCUGCUAUGUCUCAGAAUAAGGGCCUGGAGGUGCUUAAUGACUGUAAUGAAAACCAAGUCACCUCGGCCCUAGCUAACAAAACAUACAGUACAGAUAAAUUCUUCAAAUUCAUUAUCUUACACAAUAUUUUAUCACAGCACUGGCAAACCAUGGUUGGUGAACGCUCUGACCUUUGUCCCAUCAUAAGAAGGUUUAUGUCCAUUCUAAUAUUAUAAAUCCUAAUUUAUAAUUCUAUACCCAUGUGGCUCAGUUGGUAGAGCAUGGUGAUAGCAAUGCCAUGGUUGUGAGUUUGAUUCCCACAGGGUACCAGUAUGAAAAUGUAUCCACUUGCUAUUCCCCACCAGCUGUCGUCACGCUGGACCAUGUUCCUGAAGCUGAGAAGAGAGGACUGAAUGUAACUUUGUAGAGUUUGAUAUUUUAGUCUACUAAGGUUUUGUAAGAUGAUCUAGACUGGUCUAGCCUGUGAACCAGUUGUCUGGUUCAGACUGGCUUACCUUGACAUACUCAUGGUGGUUCUGCUCCAGUGUCUCCAGAUUCAUAGGCAGGUAGAGAAACAGAAACAGUAAAAUAAGACUUAGAAAGUCCAAGUCACAUCUCAAACUUCCUUCAUCUGUGUCUCGCAUCUCCCUCCCUGUCAUACCAGUGAUGGCUGUACAACAGGGUUGUCGAUAGCUCAAUGGCUGUGUGCGUGCAGCAGUUUGCUCCCCAUGACGGGCCCUAUCCAGUCACCUUGAACUCUCCCAGCUCUUGACCCCCCCCCCCCCUUGGACACAGAAAGUCUUCAAACACACACACUGCAGUGCUGCACAUCUACGGUCCAUACACAGAGCACACACAAUUCAAGUAGCUAUCAAGCAAACACAUCCUCACAUGACUAGCUAGUAGCCUAUAAGUAAGUAACGUUAGCCUGUGUAUAAAUGGUUAGCUAACUAGACACACAAUACAAUAUCAAGUAGUUACUUAGCUAGCUAGCUUCAAAUGCUAGCUAGAGAUUGUAGUUGUCACGUGCACAGCCGCUAGGUAACAAUAGCUGUCUACAGAAUUACAAUUAUCAAGUCACUCAACUAACAGUUGUAAUGAUUUGACCAAGAACACAAAUUACACUCAACGGAGACUGUGUGGCUAGCUACUGUAGCUGCACUAGGAACAAUAAAUGCACCCAGUUCGGCAAUACCCUCCCUUUCCCCGCCUACCUUGAUAAUGCUUGUUUUCCGAUAUCCAAAGUGAAGAAAGCAGAACAAAAAAGGCAGAUUUCUGUAAAUUUCACACAUCUUGAAAUAACAGAUGACCAGUGGUGAAAUUAUUCUGUCAUGCUGCUUAAUGAAGGAUACCCAUUGGCCACAAUAUACACUGACCUAAUUCAGUAGUCAAUUCAACAUCAUCUUUUCUCUCCUAUUAAGUCCUGUAGCUAACUACAUGUCAGAGCUGUGCCUAUACCCGACAACCCUCGUCUCACUGCCUUGACCUGUUGCUGCGUCUCUUCCUAGUCUCUGUGAAUGAGUAAUUACGAAUGUUGUUACAACCAGCAGCACAUACUGAGUGUCUGUCUCUCUCGGUCUUGUCUCCAAAACAGACACUAAUCUAGACCAGUGUGCAAAAUUAAAUAAUGAAAUGUAGUGUUGAAACCAAUUCACCCAAACCAAGCCACGUUCAAUCUGACCCAGAACGCAGUUCCACCUCGAAAUGACAGCCCUGGGUUUUCCAACCCCUUGGUGAUCAAGGUGCUUUACCCUCUCUGAUGAAUAACCCUGUUCUGAAGCAGUACUCUAAAAUCAGUAUAAUCUCUGUGACAUACCAGUGUCUUUCAGAUCACAUCUUUUGGACUGGCUGGAGGAAUGACCACCAAGAAGACUGUGUGGAGAACACUAACACAACUCCUGACAAAUGCCAUGAACUGGAGAGGGGCCAAUGGGAAGGAGGCAUUCGAACCACUUGCCCCGGUGGCACUGUUUUUUUCACAAGGUGCCUACAUCAAUGCUCAGAUAGAGGAGACAGUAAUCAGUGAUGGUCUAACAUGUGUUGAGUCAUACUGCUUUUUUAAAUAACUUUGCAUGGGUGAGUUGGAUUAAUGAAUGGUCCAUUGUGUGUCUACAACUGUCUCCGCAAAGGCAGGAAAAGACAUGCACUGCUGUGAAGGAUCCUGCCUGACCCAAAUGCUUCAAAUGGCACAGUUACUGGCACAGGCUGUCUAUUUGACAGGCAUUUAUCAAAAGGAAACCACCAGAACACUAUCCCUAAAAACAGUGAAUAAAGUGAUUGUUUGAUUGAACCCGUUUUAUCAUAGAUUAAUUACAUGUUGACUACAUAUUUUGUUACCCUUUCCUAAUAUAAUUUCAUAAAUCCUGACUGCUAGCUCUAGUUUAGACUUGUCUGGCACAAACACAACAUACCGCCAUUCCCAUCCUGUUUCAUUUUAUGUAUCUCAUUAUUAAUAAUUUACAUAAACAUCUGUGUGUGCUGCAUUGUGGUAUUUUUUUCCUGUGUUGACAGUUGUAAUGGUCAAAAUAAUAAGCAUUAGAAAUGUAUUUAUACAUUUUCUUUCUUUGAUUUUGGUCUAGGUGCCAGUUCCCACAUCAUAAGUUGUGUACUCUGCAGUUUGUACCCUUUAUAUAAUAUUACUUGUUGAUGAAAAGGAAAUUAUAGGAUGUAAAACAAGGAUCAUCAACUAGAUUCAGCUGCGUGACUAUUUUUUAUUGAGUGGUCAGAACAUAAUAAAAAUAUUUUUAGAAUGCAUAUUGACCGCAAGAAGCCAAAACAGAUAUAUUUGACUAAAACAUAACAUUUUCAAACCUUGAUUACAUUGCCCUGUGAAGGGUGCUGUCUUUCGGAUGCGACGUUAAAAUGAGUGUCCUGACUCUGUGACUCUGUGGAGAUGGUUGUCCUUCUGGAAGGUUCUCCCAUUAUGGCAGCACUCCACCAAUAAGGCCUUUGUGAUAGAGUGGCCAGACAGAAGCCACUCAGUAAAAGGCACAUGACAGCCCGCCUGGUUUGACAAAGGCACCCAAAGGACAAUUGACCAUGAGAAACAAGAUUCUCUGGUCUGAUGAAACCAAGAUUAAACUCUUUGGCCUGAAUGCCAAGCGUCACAUCUGGAGGAAACCUGGUGUAACAGUAUAACUUUAGACCGUCCCCUCGCCCAUACCCAGGCGCGAACCAGGGACCCUCUGCACACAUCAACAACAGUCACCCACGAAGCAUCGUUACCCAUCGCUCCACAAAAGCCACGGCCCUUGCAGAGCAAGGGGAACCACUACUUCAAGGUCUCAGAGCAAGUGACGUCACCGAUUGAAACGCUAUUUAGCGCGCACCGCUAACUAAGCUAGCCGUUUCACACCCGUUACACUGGCACCAUCCCUACGGUGAAGCAUGGUGGCAGCAUCAUGCUGUGGGGAUGUUUUUCAGUGACAGGGACUGGUAGACUAGUCAGAAUCAAGUGAAAGAUGAACAGAGCAAAGUACAAACCUGCUGGACCUCAGACUGGGGCGAAGGUUUACCAUCCACGUCUGCAUCUGUCAUAUCUCUGACUCUACAUUUUAAAAAUGACACUGUCUGAAAUAAAUUCCAUAAAGUUAUUUCUGUCCCAGCCUCUUCCCUGGGUGAAACAGUGACUCCUACCAGAUCUAAGAGCCUGUAUUGUACUGUAUUACUAAGCAAUGCUCCACAUGCUCUUGUUUCAACUUGGGGUGGCAUAGGUCAUCGACACACUUAU